UUAAAAUCUUACUUGUUUGUUAGGAAUUUCGUCCACAAACCACUGGUAGUGGUAGCAUCAACUACACGUCAGUCCAAUCUUUUGCAUUGGAGUUUCUUUUCUCACUGGGAUAUUCCAUUACAGAAACCCCCUUCAUGUAUGUGUACAGCUUUCACACAGGAAUUAACUAAAUCUGUAUUUCGUGGAUUAAAAACUAGCCGAAUUUCAGAAAUUGGAAUAAGUGGUGUUGUUUUGUUUUUUUAAUCACGUGGAUGAAUCUCAACAAAAAACUGGAAGAAAACAUGUUGGAGGCCAACUUCGAUCUCUUUCAAACAGACCCUGACACCCCUCUGUUUCACACGGUGGGCCAGCCCGCCGGAAAUGGGAUGACGCAGCCGCCAGCUGUUCCCGCGCGGCCAUUAAUUAUAAUCUCGGCCCCGGAGCCGCCUGAGUACAACACGGCGGCGUACGACUCCGUCACCGAUGACGUCAGUGAGGGCCAGGUCUCGAGCGGCGAUCACGAGCAACAGCACCGGAUGGUGGAGACCUACGCCAACAUCCUGGCCACCAACAGCGCCAAGAUCGAAUCCAUGGCAGACUUGUUCGAGUCACAGGCGAGUCUAGGGGAUGCUCGUCACCAUGACAACCGGAAAAAGGAAGCGAGGGGCGGUCACCACGAGCACGGGCACCUGAUGGACUUAGGGGCGCCGCUGGGGAAGUACUUUGAUAUCAGUCACGUGUUCUCUGGGUACAAGCACAUGAAGCAGCACAAGGGCCUGGGGAAGAAGAUGAAGCACACGCUGGGCAGGUUCCGCUCUGGUUCUGUGGAGUCAGACAAGGGCCAGAACUAUGGGGUGGCCUUGGAAGAGCCCGCCUCAAGGUCAAGGUCGUACUCGUCGACAGACUCAGAAACCAGCAAGCGAGAUAACCCCGCCAACUCGCCCCGCCCUUAUCCUAAAGAAGGCGUGUGGGUGACAAACGCCAGCCACCCCAGCCCGCUGUCUCCGCCGCCCCGGGGGGCCCAGGGCCUACCUGUACCUAGCAGCAAGAAAUCUCCAGGUUUCCUCUCUGACCUGUCCUUACAAAGCACUCCUGUUGAUGCAGGUGCCUCGCCCACUAGCAGGCCCCGCGCUGGCAGCACCAAAGACGAGUCCGCCAGCCCCCUCUCUGCCACGGAGCUGCACAACUCUGUGCUCAGCGCCCUCUCAGGGAAAGGUCAGGGGUCACCCCAGGAGAAGGCUCCUGUAGAAAGAAAGGUCUCCAGCAAGCUGAAACCUAAAGGAACGUUUGAAUACACUGUCAAAGAUGGCGACACACUUGUCAGGAUUGGAGCCCACUUUGACGUGACACCGUCAGAGCUGAUCAAACUCAACCGGUUAGUUUCAAGAACCGUCUUCACCGGGCAGACCCUGUUUAUACCAGACCCUACAUAUGUGCCAAGUGACCCCCCAACCCCCCACUCGUCCACUCCCCCGCCUGACACCAGACCUAAAGUGGACGUCCCCCUGGUCAACCUGGCUGACCGGCCGAUGCCCUCAAUCCCCGGCCACGCUGUCCCUGUGUCGCCCAGGUCCCCAGACAGCAAGUCUAAACAGCUGAGUCAGCAGCGUAGUGAGGACGAGACAGACAAGGAGUGCAUGCAGAAGUUUGUCAAGGGCCCGGCCAGGAGGGUGCUGGAGUUUGAUGAGGAGGAUGUUAGUCAGAACCCUGAGAGCAUCAUAGUGAAGGGCACCCUGCUAGUGACCCCCAACGCGGUCAUGUUUGACCCAGACGCUAACGACUAUGCAGUGAUCAACCACAAGGACCCCAACUCCCUGGGCAUGGUGGUCUAUAUGGAUGAGAUCAAAAGUGUGGCCUUGUUCCAUGACAUCUCCCCACGCAUGUUCUGGAGGCAGCCCAAAGAAAUCCGUGCUCAUUCCCCCAAACCUACGCCUUACCGCACAUCCCGGCCCACGUCAGAGGUGGAGCGAGACGGAGAACCCUCCAGUAAACCUUCCCCCCUCACCCUGAGUGACCAGCGUCCAGCGCCAGAUGGGGAAAGUGUGGGGGACAGCCAGCAGCGCCCCCCACCUGAUGGCGCUGACCCUACAGAGGUCAGCAAGGAAUCAAAGACUGGGAGAACUUCAGAGGAGCUGGAGGUUAUGUCAGAGCUACCUGCACUACACUCAGAUUCACCCCAGCAGCAGGGGAGGGCCUCGGAGGAAGUGGAGAAUGCCCUGACCCAGCCCCAGGCGGACAACAGCCACUCCCCCCUGGUCAAGCAGAUGUCCAGGAGCUCUGAGCUGGAGGUCAGCGAGAUGGCCCUGCUACAGGACUCCCCCGAUGGCUUCGGUGAGACCCGCGACUUCGGAGGUCACAUGGGACGGUCUUCGUCUGAAGUCCACAGACACACCUCCAGCUCGCUGGGCAGGGUCUCGGACUCCUCCCCCGGGGACAUGUCUGGACGCCAGUUCUUUGUGGAGCACAGUGACUCAGCCAGUGACACCCUGGGUACCCCCACCCAGGGCUUCGCUCCCCUGCACUUCACCGACCGCUCUCCCAAAAGUGUGUUGGCUCACCCCAAGCCAGUGCCAGGCCAGAGGGGGAUGCUGCUGCCCCAGUCCCCGGCGCCCCAGAGUGACUUAAAGACUCAGAAGAUUCUGGAAGACAGUGAGGCCAAUGUCUCCGACUUCCAGAGUGGCGGCCACUUCCACGCACCCAACACAGCUGCAGCGACGACUGACAGCAACACCGCAGGUCUUUCAAUGGCAGACACGGAGCAGACGCCAGCUCCGCAAUCCACGGAUAGUGGAUGUGCAGCAGCAGCAUAUGAAAGCAGCACCGACACUGAGAGCAUCUUGGCAUCAGCUGAUGACCCAAACAACUUUUCCCUGUCCAGUAUUGAGAUUGUCGACCACCAAGAUUGCAAAGACGAACCCUCAAAAUUUGGCCUCGGCAACCCCUUGCCCUUAUUUUCCCCCCUGCGCACCCCAGCUCAACAACUGUCUAACAUCAUCGUCAACUACACAACCAACUUCAUCCGCAGCGCCACCUCAACCGUCAAAUCUGGAUCCUUCUCCUCCCCCUCCGUCAACGAGACCAGUCGAGCCAGAACUAAAUCUGUGCCAGUUUUUCCUACAAAUUCCCUGGCUGGCAUUCAGCUACGCAGCGGCUUCACCAAGGAGGAUAUGGAGAAAGCACUGGGACCUGAUCCCAAAAAUUACCUGCCUCGAUCUGACUCCCCCCACUUUGAGCAGCCGCCCCUCUACUUACAAAUCCGACCUGGAAUCAAGAGAGGCAAUGAGUCGCGUCAGCCGCGGGCGUUUGACCACAGGAAACAGAAACUGAUAGAGGAGUACUGGCUCAUUGUGCCGCGUGAGAUGGGAGACAAGCUGUAUGUUCAAGUUAAUGUUUUUCAAAAACUCAGGGGAGAUAAGUUGUACAGUUUCCUGAUGGAAUGGCAGCCUGAAGCUUAUGGAGACCAAGAUGAGACGGAGCCCAGGGAAAAAUUUUUCUUUGACAUCAAGGAGGUGGAGGACCUGAUCAAGCCACUGAAGAAGUCAUCAAAUCUGUCGCUGGACCGCGGCGACAGUGGUGUGUUGGAUGGGAAUUCUAAGGAGUUUGAGAAAACUUGGGAGAUCCUGAGUAAAGAGGAGGUGUACAGUGCUGAGAAGUCCAACGCCCUCUCUAGGGAGGACACAAUAGAUGAGAGCCAGCUACCUGAGCUCAUUGGACAGUCGCAGUUCAUUGAACCGUAUCAUGUCCUCUCCUUGGUGCGGUCACUGCCUCGUAACAUGACUGCCGGCUACAACUGGGAACUGACCUAUGCCACACACAAGCACGGCUACUCCCUACAGAACCUUUACCAGAAAAUGGAAAAUGUGGACGACUCACCAGUCAUACUUUUUAUAAGGGAUACACAUAAAUGUGUUUUUGGGGCUUUCCUGAGCCACCUGAUGAAACCCUGUGACACGUUCUACGGCUCUGGCUCCACAUUUCUCUUCACAUUCUACCCCGAGUACAAAAAAUACACUUGGCAGGGAGAUAACCAGUUCUUCAUUCAUGGGACUAAAGAAAACUUCGCUGUUGGUUCAGGAGAGGGACUGUUUGGUUUGUGGCUGGACAGCGACCUGAACAAGGGCAGGUCCCACGAGUGCACGACCUUCCAUAACGAGGUCCUAACCAAAGAGGAGGACUUCACCAUCACAGACUUGGAGGUCUGGAGGUUUGUUGAGUUCUCUAGCGACAAUAUUGAUUCAUCACUCCAGUCUCUAAAGGCUGACCCCCGGCCAGCGGUCAGUUUGUUCUCAACUUCACCUGUCCACCCGACUGCUGCCAACCUGAUCACCCAGGGACCCUACCAGAGGCAGAGACAUUCCACCAUGUGAGCGCUGGGUGUAGACGUGCAGCACAGUCGCAGCAGUUUGUGUCCCCUCGCAGGCCAACACCACACAGCUGGCCCUGGUGUUGGGGUCUGAGCCAGCAGACAAAGUACUUAAGGAGUCCGCCCAUCAUCCACCACAUGAAUAUUCACUGACGUCGUCGUUUGAUAUUUUUUACACAUGAAAGUAGCUCUAGUUCAAUUGCUCAUUACUGCUAGUUUCAGCUCAUCAGUAGUAUUAUAUAAUUAAUUGAUUUAGAAAUUAGUUUUAGUUUUUUGGGAUGUCGUGGGCCAAGGAACUUUAUGUGAAAAUGUUGUGCACACAUAAAGCAACUUUUUAAAACGAAAUAAAUAAAUGUGUUGUAUGUCCAAAAAAAAUGCAACAAGUCAACUAAAUGCUUGAUGGUAGUUAAGUUUUCACUUUAUAUUAGUGAGAAGUCUCUGGGGUUUUUUUUAUCUGUGAUAAAAUAUUGAAAAUAGGUGUAUUUAAACAUAUUAAAAAUGUUUAUAAAUAUUUUCUAAAUUAUGUAUAAGUCAGAGAGGCAUGUAAAUGUUAUGAAAAUCUUGCAUUAAUAAGUUUAACAAAAACCAAAUCUAACAAACGAAGGUUAACACCAUAAAGGCCAGAUUUUUAUAUGAAGUUGGUGGUUUAGCUAGUGAAUAGAACCUUCUGGGGGAUGCCUCGUGUGGCGAGCUGGUUCAAAACGAGGCUGGAAUUUCAAGGUCUAUUUUUACCUUCUCAGUGUUAGCCUGCACAUCUCAGCUGCAAUAAGUUUAGACAUGGUCAAAUCAAUGUGUUGGGUAGCUUAACUCUCUGUGUGUAGGUGAAUACUCUUAAAUGUGAUCCUUGUGUGUUUUACAAUUCACUAAAAUAGAAAAUGUGAUAAGUAGAUAGAUAAAACUUGUAUAUGGGUGAAAAAGAUAUCUAUAUUUAGAUUGUGAUACUGAUUAUCUCAUUGCUAGUGUAUAGCUGGUGAACAUGCCACCGUAGCCAUAGCGAUGUGCCACUGUUACCAUGGUGAUGAGCCUAGCUGUGGUGAUGCUGUUCCUUUGGUUCAACUUGUGUUUGUAUUUUCCUAUCGGCCUACAAGGUCCGGCUCUGUGCAGUGGAAUGAUGUGUUUACACUGGCACGUGUAUUUGUUUUGAUCAGUUUUGGUUGGCUUUUUGUUUCUGUCACUAAAUAAAAUGUCUGAUCUAUGUGCUAUUUUGUCUCGUUCAUCUCAUGAGUUCAGUAUUUUCAGUGACAUCUUAAGGGCAGGGCAUUAUAUAUUUUUUAUAUAUAAAUGUAUAUUUAUAUAUAUAUAUAUAUAUAUAUAUAUAUAUAUAUAUAUAUAUAUAUAUAUAUAUGGGACCGAUGUCAAUGCCCCAGAUGGUAAUGUAUUUAGACUAGUAUGGGCACCAAUUACCAACUUUAGUUGAAGUUGCUUUCUGUAAUGCAUUGAAAAAUGUUUUAGUUAAGGUUGCUCAAGUAUAGGUUAGUUUGAGUGUACAACAGUUGAGUGUACAACAGUUGAGUGUACAACUGUUUAGUGUACAACAUUUGAGUGUACAACAGUUGAGUGUACAACAUUUGAGUGUACAACAGUUGAGUGUACAACAUUUGAGUGUACAACAGUUGAGUGUACAACAGUUGAGUGUACAACAUUUGAGUGUACAACAUUUGAGUGUACAACAGUUGAGUGUACAACAUUUGAGUGUACAACAGUUGAGUGUACAACAUUUGAGUGUACAACAGUUGAGUGUACAACAUUUGAGUGUACAACAGUUGAGUGUACAACAUUUGAGUGUAC